UCCCUCCGCCCCGACCCUGUAAAUUCAUUGUUUCGAGGGUGCCGCUCCAUCAAAAGCAACAAACAACAAACAACCCAGUAGUUUUGCUCCGCUAACAAGAAGAAUUUCAAAAAGUUUUAUUUACGAACAUGGAAAUUUCUCCUCUAUAAUUUCUGUUCAACUCUGGAGCAUAGACAAGAAGAAGAAUUUGAAAAACCGAAAACUAUGGUGUGGGGACUCUUUCCCGUCGAUCCUCUUUCAGGUGAAGAUAAGUACUACAUUUUUGCAAAGGGCAUUUUCAAAGUGGGUCGAAAAGGUUGUGACAUAAUUAUCAAAAAGGACAAGGGAGUAUCUCGAAUUCAUGCCGAUAUUAUUGUUGAUGCCAUGACUUCCUUGAAUCCUCUAGCAAAUAAAUCUUCUAAAGUGUCCUCGAAUGUCCGAAUCAAGGAUGAGUCAAAGUAUGGAACAUUUGUUACAUCAGAAUUUGGAACCAAAGAAAAGGUUAAUGAGCUCCCGAAUAAGGAAAAAGUUUUGAAAGAUGGAGACAUGAUUACAUUUGGAACUAUUAAUGCAAACUACAGGUUUUGUUUUGUCCCAUUCAUAUUUUUCAUCUGCUGUUCGGACCAGUCUCAGAAGAAUCAUUCAGUUCAAGAUAAAAUUUCUUCAAUUGGUGCUUCUGUUACUUCUAUGCUGAGCCAAGAGUGCACCCAUGUGCUUGUCGACCAAAACAUGCUAGUUGACAUGGAUCUAGUUAAUGCUAUUGUGGCUAAGAAACCUUUGGUUCAAACCAGUUGGCUGGAGUUUAUGACAGGGCAAAGGAUUGGCACUGAAAUUCCUAGCUGCAGUGGCUAUACUCCGUCAGUAACAGUAGGAGGAGUAUCAGUUAAAGUUGCAGAUGCAAAGGCUCGUGGAAACUGUUUGGAAGGAUACACAUUUUUGUUAGAGUCAAGAUGCACGUACAAAUUUGGAGACAGAUUCCGUUUUUUACUGGAAGUUGGUGGUGGAAAGACUCUAUCCACUGAGGAAUUUAGUUCCAAUAGCCAGGACUCAGAGUAUGGAGAGAUGACUCGUGUAGUGUACGUCAUAUCGAAAGGAUCAGCGAACAAGUUUGAUUGUGUCAACAAACUCAGUUCAUUAUCUAGGGUGAAUGAGAUGGAUUUAAUAUGUGCUGUCUUAUCUGGAAAUCUGGAUCCUUCUGUCUUGAUAUCACCAUGUGUGUUUAUAUCAUCAUCAUGCUCCACGGAUGAGACUGUGGUAGCAGAGUCUGAUGUGGAAGGAGAAACAGCUGCUUCAGUUCCUGCAACUCAUGUGGUUGCCAGCAAAGACACCCCUAGGUCUCCGAGAAAAGCUGGAUCUAUCGACCCUGAAGCUUCUAGAUCAGAUGACAAGACUGAUAUGAUUAUUGUUAGAGAGAACACCAGUGGUAUGGUUGCAAUAAGAGAUAGAGUUGAUGAAUCUGGAUAUGCAAAAGUAGAUGAUAGUGGUGGUAUGGUUGCAAGAAGAGAUAGAGUUGAUGAAUCUGGAUAUGCAAAAGUAGAUGAUAGUGGUGGUAUGGUAGCAAUAAGAGCAAAGUUUGAUGAAUCUGAGGAUGGAAAUUUGGAUAUUAUAUACAGCCAGGAUUUAAUUGUUAGAGAUUCAAAAUUGACUCUCACAGUCAGUUCUAUGGCAAAUAAGGAAGUUGUAAAUUUCAAACGCUUCAGGAAGAUGCACACUGAACCUGGGAACAGCUUUGGUAGUCUUAUUCCUUUCUCAAAAUAUCCAUACAAAGAUUCUGACUAUGAAAAUGGGACCAUGGCUGAAUCUGUGAAAGAAGAGAAAAAACGGAAGCAGAUGGAAGCUAUUGCUGAAGACUUAUUUAACAGUGAAAAGGGAAGACGGCGUGGUGUAGCUGGCUCCAUUCAUGGACUUCUUACUCGCAGUUAAUUAUGGUGAACCAGUCAUGUGCUUAUAUGUUGAAGCUGUGAAAUUACAUGGUAAAGGCAAGGUUGUUUUUACUAUGAAGGCAGGACGAUUAUGUCGGUAAUGAUGCAUCUCUCAUCUUCUUAUACUUUAGGAGCCUUGAUAGUUUCUUGAAAACCCAAGGCGCUUUUGACUGGGUGAACAUCUUGAGCCUAGAACCAUUUGCAGCAGGUUGCCAGUUGGUCCAGUUUUGAAGAUGUCAAGGAUGCCCUUUUGUUCCUCAAGUUCUGUGAGUGUGCGUGUAUAUAUAUAUAUAUAUACAUAUAUAUAAUACAUAUGUAUUAUUUUGAGGAACUCUUAUGUGAAAUAUUUAGGUAAAGAAUUCUGUCAAGUAGAAUGAAAUGUGUUCUUAGAAAGUCGAACUUCAAUUAGGAAUCGGAACCGAAAUGUGAUACAAAUGAUAUGAAGAUUGGAAUGACUUGAUUUUUAACUCA